UUUCUGGAAAAAUGCCAGAAGUUCAAGAAGACCAAGUGUGAACAACUAUGGGAUGCCUUUCAAAAGGCCUACGUGAAGAAGGACCCUUGUAAAGUUCCCAUGGAGGAUUAUGACCCUCUCAUGACUUUAGCUCCCAUUGAACCUCUACAAGACAAGGCGAUGUUCUGGAGCAAAACAAAGGAUGUGGUCCACGACUUCACUGGGAAGACAGACUGUUUCGUCACGGUGGAGGACAGUCUGCUGGGAUCUGUCCUGGAUGGGCUCACCUGGUGUGGAAAUAAGGGAAACGAAAAAACACGGACCACCCGCUGCCCAAAAUGGGAGGAAUGCCCCGACAACCCCGUUAGCUCCUUUUGGAAACGCAUCUCGACUGCUUUUGCAGAUGCUGCUAAGGGGGAUGUAACAGUAAUGCUGAACGGAUCCAUCACCAAGCCAUUCGAUGACAAAAGUAUUUUUGCUAGCGUCGAGGUCGAGAGAUUAAAGUCCCCCAGAAUUAAAAAUCUCAAAGUUGUUCUGGUCGCGGACAAGAAAGCUGGGAAUAACUGCAAAAAUGGAUCCUUAAAAGCCUUACUGGAGCAGCUUAAAAAAAAAAAAAUCAAAUAUGACUGCAAGGACGUGCCUCAAUCUCAGAUCAAGAAGUGCAACUCCAACGGGAAAAAAACAUGUGGAUCCUGCUGGUGA